ACAUGGGCCAGACAACCAGUAACAAUCAAGGAGCAAAUAGGCUCCAUCCCUCAGGCCAGCCAAACUCGAGAACAAACCAAGCCUCGUUGACCAGUAACCGCAAUGAUGCCUCUGGUGUUACCAGUGCACAGACUUCAGAUGUCAUGACGUCUGAUGCUGGUGACAUCAGCUUGGGUCUUGGCAGAAGUUCUGAUGGAAAUGCUUGUGUUGAACAAGCCACUGCUGCUGUUGCUGAUGAUGAGCCUGGAAUAGCUCAGGCUGGAGCUACAAAUCUCUCCCCUCCUGCCCCUGGAGCUCAAGUGACUGACAAGAUCAGCAGAUCAUGUGCAGCUGAUCUUGCAGGAUCAGCAGGACUGCACAUGCGGGAUCAUCUUCGCUCCCUGCACGACCAGUUCAUGCAGCAAGCUGGGGCAGACUACGACAUUGCGACGGCUACUACGCUUUCUUACUCACAAUUUCUAUUCUACAUCACCAAACUCAAUGAAAUUUGUCGCCGCUACGAGGACGGGGAUGGUCGGGUGCUGGUGUUCGCCGUCAAGAAAGGCUCGGACUCGAGCGUCUUCUGGAAGGCGACGGUGCGCAUCGCCUGCGUCAGGUACAACACCCGCACCCGCUGCCCCGAGAGCUCCAGGAUGCUCAGCAUCAGACAGUUCCUGCAGGUGUUCCGACGUAUCAGCUACGAGUGCUGCAGUUCCACCAGUCCCCCCUGCUCUCCCAGUGGUGCAACGGACCACAACCAGGCCACUGCUGCAGCUUUGGCCACCGCCGCGUUCAGUGAAGCUCUCCCCGCUGCUGGUGCCUGUGCUGCAGCUGCAGCUCACGUGAGCUGCGGUGCAGGCGGCAGCUCCUCAUCAGACGACCUGGACAAAGAGCUGGACGAGUGCAUCAUCUGCCUGGAGCGUCGCCCUGACGUCAUCCUGCCGUGCGCACACGCAUACUGUCUGCCCUGCAUCCAGCAGUGGGAAGGUGAGCGCACGUGUCCAGUGUGUCGGGAGGCGGUGGCUGACGCAGACGACACCUGGGUCAUCUCGGAGGCUCCUGACGAGGCUCAGAGGACGCGCGAGAUCGGCGCUGCUCUCAUGGGGCUCGCUGAGGAGACGAGCGGCGACGUCAAAUGAGGCGAGGCGGCAGCGAGCAGCAGCGUCACCCCCCGCCGUGCGUGCUGGCCGGACGCCGCGGCCAGACUGCGGCACGCGACUGAGUGGACCUUGUGUCGGGUGUGGCGGGGUGCCUCCAGUCCCGAUCUGCGCUACCAGGCCGAGUGGGCGCUGUGUCGGGUGUGGCAGAGCACCAGCGCCACAGCUCACAUGUUCAGGAGUGUGUGGCUACAACACAUGCCACAUGAGGAAGAGGAAGGCUGUUCAUCCCGCCACGUUGCUCGCUGCUGAGGGAUUUUUAACGAUGUAAUUUUUAACGAAGAAUUUGCCAAAUAUCAAGCACGAACAGAAUGCAGACCGCCAUAAGUUCAGCUGCAGUUAAUGUGUGUUCAUCAUUGUAAAAUGUGGAGAAAUUUUAUUAACUAUGAGUAUAAUAAUAAUGAGACUCUUUGAAAAACUUUGUCUGCUUGCUGAGACUCUAAACAGCUUAUGAGUAAAAAUGUUCAGCUUCGUACUAUUGUCAGCAUUUACGCAUCGCUGCAAUUUAGCUGCAGGCGUAAAAUGUCAAUUGUGAAGAACUAAUCAAUUUAGCAACAGUGUAACUUAGACUCUCCUUCUCCUGCACUGCAGAAACUCAUCAUGAAUUUGUGCUAAGUUGAUGAUGUUGUUGUGAAAUAAUUCUGUAAGACAGAA